CUGUGUUUAUUUGAUAUUAAAUGGAUCUGCUAACCAACGGGAAAACAAUAAUUAUCUGGAAAAAUGUCUGUGGGGUUUUUUCCAAGUACAGAGUAUGCAUUCAUCUAAGGAGCUGCCCUCAGGCAAACCUGAUUAACCAGGUGUACCUGUUAAGUUUUUUUUGAAAAAGGGAGAAAUGUAACUCCCACUUGAAUUGAAACCACAGAUAAAGCCGACGACUAACGCAGCUUCUAAGAGGAGAGUAAGAACGGCUCCAAAGCAAAGACAUGACCAUGGCGGAGUACAAGCUAGAGGUGACAACGGGUGACAUGAAAUAUGCAGGGACAAUGGACAACAUAUACAUCACCCUGUUUGGAACAGAAGGGAAGAGUGACCGAACUAAGUUGGACAACUUGGGCAUCGACUUUACAUCCGGCAAGACAGGAGCAUACACCAUAAAAACCAGUAUGUCACUGGGAAAGCUUCUUCUUGUCAAGGCUGAGAAAGAUCCAUUUUUUCUAAUCUCAGAAGAUGAGUGGUACUGCUCCAGAAUAGUGGUGACCACUCCAGAGGGAGAUGUCGUUCUCUUCCCCUGUCACAGAUGGAUCUCCAGGGGAGAGCUGGUGGAGCUCAGAGGAGGGCGAGCUAUGAAGGUUUUUGAGGAUGAUCAUCCUCUGCUGAUUGACCACAGAAGAAAUGAGCUACUAGAUAAAAAGAAAUUGUACCAAUGGGAGAUCACUGAUGAAAAGCUACCACACCACAGCCAUUUUAAAAAUGUGUCUGAGUUUCCAGCUGAAGUACGUUUCUCUGCAGCCAAAUCAGAUGAGAUGCUUCAUACCAAAAGGAUGACUGGUGCUGAACUGAUGUUCAAGGGGCUCGCUGGAUCUACUAAACAAUGGACAAACACAGAUGAUAUGAAGAAGAUCUUUUGGUUCAAAAAGACUACAAUAUCAGAGUAUGUCAUGCAACACUGGAAGGAUGAUGACUUUUUUGGAUUCCAGUUUCUGAAUGCUAUAAACCCGAAUGUGAUCAAGAGGUGCUCAGAACUUCCCCCAAACUUUCCCGUCACAGAGGAGAUGGUGAAGCCAUUCCUGAGAGAUGGGACCUCCUUGAAGCAGGAAAUGGGGAAAGGAAAUAUCUUCAUCUGUGACCAGAAGAUCAUGGAUGGAAUACCCACCAGGACGUAUGAUGGUCACCCUCUGCAUGUGACAGCUGGCUUGUGUUUGUUCUACAUGAACCCAGAGAACAAACUGAUGCCAAUUGCAAUACAGCUGCAUCAACAGCCUUCUGAGCAGAACCCCAUCUUCCUGCCCAGUGACUCUGAGGCAGACUGGCUGCUAGCCAAGCUGUUUAUUAAAAGUUCAGAUCUACUGGAACAUCAAGCAGUCUAUCACCUCAUGAGCACUCACUUUCUGGCAGAGGUCUUUGCUAUUGCUACUUUCCGCUGCUUCCCUGAGAUUCAUCCUCUCUACAAGCUACUGAUCCCACACUUCCGUUACACUCUGAACAUAAACAACGGGGCUCGCAACAAUCUGUUGGGACCUGAUGGGCCUUUAACCAUUAGUUCACUUGGAUAUGAGGGGAUAAAAGAGCUCAUGAGACGGGGUCUCUCCAGAAUGACCUACAGCUCCCUCUGCCUGCCAGAGAACAUCGCUGCACGAGGACUGCAGUCAAUCCCCAAUUUCUACUACAGAGAUGACGGCCUCAAGCUGUGGAACAUCAUCAACAGCUUUGUUAAGUAUAUAGUGGAGCACUAUUAUCCAUCAGACAGCGAUGUGUGCAAGGACACCGAGCUGCAGGAAUGGAUCAAUGAGAUAUUUACACACGGCUUCUUAGGAAACAAACUCUCUGGGUUUCCGGCAUCCUUUAAUACUGUUGAGGAGGUGAUCAAGUUUAUCACCAUGGUGAUCUUCACAGUGUCAGUUCAACAUGCUGCACUCAAUAAUGGACAGUUUGACUACAGUUCCUGGGCGCCCUGUGGCUCAGGCUUGCUUUACAAACCUGCUCCAACCACAAAGGGGCAGUCAAGCAUGACGACAUUAUUGGAGACUCUUCCAAAUAUUGGGGAGACCGUAAAGUUUGCAGGAAUGCUUUGGGUACUUUCCCACAAGUAUACAGAUGUGCUGCCGAUAAACUGCUGCUCCAACAUCCCACACUGUUUUUCAGAUGUCUUCCAACAGGACGCUGCAUCUACAGCCUUCUGAGCAGAACCCCAUCUUUCUGCCCAGUGACUCUGAGGCAGACUGGCUGCUAGCCAAGCUGUUUAUUAAAAGUGCAGAUCUACUGGAACAUCAAGCAGUCAAUCACCUCAUGAGCACUCACUAUCUGGCAGAGGUCUUUGCUAUUGCUACUUUCCGCACCUUCCCUGAGAUCCAUCCUCUCUACAAGCUCCCUCUGCCUGCCAGAGAACAUCACUGCAUGAAGACUGCAGUUGAUCCCCAACUUCUACUACGCUGUGGAGCAUCAUCAACAGGUUCUCGUGGGUCAGUGCGCUGAAGAGCGAUUUGAUGAGUUUGCCCUAAAGCAAAUGAUUAAGGAGUUUCAAGCCCAGCUGUACAAACUCAGUGAAGCAAUUACAGGAAGAAACUCUCAGCUUGAAGUACCCUCCACAUAUCUGAACCUGAUUAAAAUAGAGAACAGCAUAACUAUUUAAGAAAGGUGUCAGCUGGCAGCACCAGGCUAA